AUGACACAAACCGCAUUCUACAGACAUACAAGCCCAUAUUCAAGCCAAGGCAACUCAUACACAAUGGAUUCAUCAGCAGACAAGGAAGAACGCAAGAGAGAGUACAACAGACUUGCACAGAGAGAAUUCCGUCGUCGCCGCAAGGAACAUCUUAAGAACCUCGAACAAGCACAAAAAGAGCAGAGCACCGAACAGUCGGAAGAAAUCGAGCGUUUAAGAUACAUGAACGAUGAACUCAGACGAGAGAACGAGGCACUUCGAGCUCAAGUGUACGGCUCUUCAUCAUCAUCACACGCAAUGUUGUCGGCGCCAAUCAUGGCGCCGCAUGAUGGGCGUUCGUACUCGCUGUCUCCUUCAAUAUCGCAGACUUCUUUAUCUGGGGCCGGGAGUCCACCGUCUUCGAUGGGUUCAGAUAUGAUGCCUAUGGCCGCUCUAUCUUUAACCUCAUCGAUGAUGAACUCGAGCAUGCAAGCAUACUCCGACCCCUCUGCGUUGUCAUCUCAACCAUACUCUAUGGUACAUCAAUCCGGGCUCCGUCAUAAUUCACAAAGCUCACCUGAGUCAUCAGGGUACCGAAAUUCUCGAUCUGCAGUGGGAUCCCCUUUUCAACCUCUGAGCAUCUCUCAGUCGAUCGAGGCAGCACCCAGCGUGCAUGGCCGCAAUAGCAGACUCGGUUCUCAAGCAUCAAACAGCAUCAUUGCUUCCUACGAUCGCAACAAGGCACGAGCACAGAUCAAUCAGAUAUUCCAGCCACUAUACUCGGACGAAACGAUCUUUUCCAACCCAGAGAAACACCUUGCAGUUCUACGAUCUCUCAGCGACAACCUACCAGCUUCUUUGAAGCCUAGUCAUCGACAGCUUGAGAGCCCGCACUACUGGGGAAUAGACAUGAUCGCGUCGCCUACAAUCCGCGAACGGCUUUUGGGUGUUACAAGCGACGUAGCUCAAGGCUUCAUCGAGGAAAUCGGAUUCACGGGACCCGGGCAAACAGAUGAUGGGCAUCUGACUAUAUGGGGAGAUGAUCCUUUCAAUGAUAUGUCUUGGGAGUUCUCAAGAGCGGUCUUGGGACGUUGGGGUUGGCUAUUAGGCCGCGAGUGGGUGGAUAGGGCAAACAUGUGGAGAAGACAGAGAGGAGCGGCGUCUCUACCUGAAUUCCAGGAGGUAACGGCAUAA